CAAAAUGAAACUGAGAAUACAACAAAAAAUGAAGCUGAUGCAUCAACCAAGAAUCAAGCUGAUGCAUCAACCAAGAAUCAAGUUGAUAAAGUUGAUAAUGAAACCAAAAAUAAAACAGAAGAUGUAACGAACAUUAAACCAGAAGAUGUAACUAAUAUUAACCCUGGUGAUGCGACCUUGAGUGAAGCUAAUAAAGAAAAAGAAAAAGAAUAUUUUACUAAAGUAUCAAUGUAUCUAAAGGGAUAUUCGAAUGCUUAUAAUCCUUGGAAGCCGAAAUAUUUACCUGACAAGUUUGAAGAUUUAUUACAGCAAAGUUUCGGUAAAACUAUGCUUAAAGAUACUGUAAACGAUGUGAAAGUAAUCAUUCCAGCAUAUAAUAUCACCAGUGAUAAAAUAACUUUUUUUACAAAUCUUUACGAUGAGCAUAAAGAUUAUCUAAUGAAAGAUGUUAUACGUGCAAUGUGCGACGUUCCCUUACA